AACACAAGAGGAGCGCAACAUGGAUGACAAAUUGGUAUCAGAUGAAGUGCAUUUACGCAACUUCAGCCAAUCGCCACUAACACAGCAACGACGUUUAAGUACAAAUUCGAAUGCCACUAAGACAACAAGUCAAAAGGAUGCCCCCAACAAUACAACUCCCCUCUCAAGACGACGGUGUUCAGGUGGCAGCGCUGUGGUCUUAGGAAACGGAACCGACAAUUUUUCACCGUCUGCAACGCACAAAAGUAUUGAGCAAAACGGAAAUGAAUUUCUGAACACCGAAAGGGUAAAAAACGUGGCGGAUGAUGUUGUUGAUUUCAUUGAAGAUGACGAUGAUGAAAAUGUGGAUGAAGAUAAUCUCGAUAACGAUGCAGUUGGUGGUUUAAGUAAUCCUGCAGCACAAAUAAAUGACAACGAUGAUUCCAAAGAUGCACAAAGCGUUAAUACGGACAAUAUGAAG